CACUGAUUCCUGUGGUGCCAGGCAGUUAUAAUGUAUGGGAUAGCUGAAUUAUUUAUUGCAGCUACUAACAAAUCUUAGCACAACAAUAACAAUGUUGCUGCAAGGAUAUGUACCACUACAUCAAUUUUGUGAAUGAGGUGAUACAUCAGUGUUAUUUAAUGAAAUUUCUUAAACAUAGUGCUGUUGUGCCAUCGUGUGGUUUGAUUGGGUCAGUAUGGUAAGGGUUGAAGUUUAAUGAAAGUGUUCACAUACCUGUGUAAAGCGGUUUACAGAAGUGUGCUCCUUAAUAGGAGUCAACAAGUGUGGUAGAGACCGUGCUCAGUUGCAAAAGAUCUGGUUGGAUCAGCAUUGUGUAGAACUUAGUUUCUCCAAAAUACAGUGUAAUCAUGUUUUGUAUUGUUGCAAAGCCAAUGUCAUGGGGAAAAAGUUGGUGUCUCAGCUACAAAGAUUAACCCAGUGUGAUAUGUUUACAGAUAUAGCGCAAGCAGGAUUCAUUGUUUGUCAUGAUUAUGUCUAAAUUGGAUGACUUGGGGUUUUUCCUUGUAUAUAAGUAGAGAAGUGCAAUGGUUCGGGGAGACUUGUCAACACGGUUUAUGCUUAUAGCUAUUUCAGCACACACAAGCCAGAGAAACGGGGGUGUAUCUCUCUAUGUAAAAGAAUGUGCAGAAAAUUCCAGAAACUGACCAGCUCGUGCCUAGUGAGAAUAUUUGGAUAAAGCUCAUAGGGGAACUUGAAGAGGGCCUGUGGUGGGGUGGGCGUGGUUUGAGCGUCGGCUGCAGAGAGAGAGAGUGUGAGAGGAGCGGCUCUCGGAUCCUUCGUCACAACUGUCAGCUGGAGGUAAUCAGCGCCGAUAAUUGUUAAUUGUUUAAUUGCGCUGAUUGCCUCUGAUUGCUUUCAACAGUGAGCCUGGGGUUUUUAAAAGGAAGACCGGAAGCUGGAGCGGGAGGGCUGAUGACAAGACGGCUGCGGAACCGUCGUGGUUGUAUGAUUUUGUCUGUAAAAGACGCAUCUGAAAAUAAAAGAGCACGGAAGUGCUGAUUACGGAAACAACUGUCUCCCGUGAGUGUGUGUUUAAACCGGAGGGGUGGCACUCGCUUGCCACAGUGGUGGCCCGUGCGGGGGGCAAGUAUUAAACACACAGGAGAUGGCAUGGAACACAGCCAGGAGCAGGGGGAAGCGCCACAACCGGUGGUGGCGCUGGCGAGGAUGCUGGAGGGGAUGGCGGCGAUGCAGGAGAGGCAGGCGGCGAUGCACGCCGAACAGCUGGAGGCUCUGCGGGCGCAAACUUCCCUCCAGACCCAGGCUCUACUGCAACUGGCGGCUGCGGGAGAAACCAGCUCCCGAGAGAGACAGACCGGACCCCCCGUAGCUCUCCAUCUACCAAAGAUGACCCCGGAUGACGACGCGGAGGCGUUCCUUGAGGGGUUUGAGGUGGCCGCAAGGGCAAGUAAAUGGCCGGAGGAGGAGUGGGUCGUCCGCCUCCUGCCCCUCUUGACUGGGGAAGCACAACGAGCGGCACACAGCUUACCCCCCACAGCGCGGACGGUCUAUGGCAACCUAAAGAAGGCGGUCCUGGACCGCCUGGGAUACAGCCCGGAAGAACACCGGCGACGGUUCAGGGAGACGGCCCUGGCCGGAGAGGACCGACCGUUCGCAUACGCACAGAGACUGCUGGACAUGGCGCGUCGGUGGCUGCGGCCAGAAAUCCGGUCAGCAGACGAGGUGGUGGAGCUGGUGGCCCUCGAACGCUUUAUCGAUGGCCUCCCGGCGGAGACGGCGAAUUGGGUGAGGUGCCAUCGGCCGACCGGGUUGGCGGCCGCCGUCACCCUGGCGGAGGACCACCUGGCGCUCUACCCCCGCGGCCAGUCACAGCAGCAGCAGCAGCAGCAGCAGCAGCAGCAAGGACGGGCAGACACGGCUCCGCGCAGGAGAGCCCUUCCUCGUUCCCUUCCUUCCCCCCUUUCUUCCUCCCUUCCCCGUGCCCAAACCCCCGCAUUUUCCCGCAACAACCCUUUUGUUUCUGUUUCCCCAGCCCCAGGCUCAGUGGCGGCGGGAUACGACCCACAGAGAGCUCCUCAGACGCCCGGACCGGGGUGUUGGCGGUGCGGACAACCGGGUCACCUGCGCCGCGAGUGCCCACUCAUGGAGGUGGGGCAGGUGGUUCGUGUUGUCGGCCCGCCCACCUCCGCUCCUGACCCAGACGGAGCGUACUGUAUUCCGGAGGUGCCCAAGGAGAAGGAUACAAUGACCAUGUCACGAUACAAUCACUUAAUGAAGAAUCUCCUGGUACUGCUUGACACUGCAACUCUGCAGGGGAAGGGACCUGUCCUGACGGAGUUUAUCAAAGAGAGAGCCCCACUACAUGAGUAUAAGACAGGCAGAGGACUACAGAGUUGCCCUGAAGUGUGCACACAGAGCAAGACAUCCUCAACUGCCCUGGGAGGUGUAAUCGUUUGAUGUCGCCAUCUUAAUCCAAGAAAUCACCCAAUCAGCAAAAAGAUGAUUUUCAGAUCAUGAUAGCAUUCUCUUUUUUAAGUCAUGUUACAAUUGUUGAGACACAUUAUAGAUGCUGAACUUGAUAGAAAUUAGUUUUAUUCAUCAGAUAGUCUUCUGGAAACUGAAUACUUCAAGAGCUCCUGUUAAUUGCACUUCAGGCAAUAUCCUCAAUCUCCUGCUGAUUAACAGCAUGCUUGCUGGUUUCACUUCAAAUGUACACCUGAGGCAGAUAAAUGUCUGCACAAGGGUAACUCUCUGCACAUCUCUCUUGAUUGUAGCACAUUUUCAAAACUUAAUUUUACUGUCUGAAGGUUAACUAGGGCUGGCAUGUCAGUAAAUGAGCCUUCCCAAUAAGAUAUUCACAGACCUGCCAACUUUGGGAAAAUAUUUUGAGUACCACAAUAGUCAGUGUAACGCUUAGUUCACAUGCUUUCGCACCACUUCGCUUUGCACACGACAGUCUGCAAGAGACACAGACACACACACACACACACACACAA